GCUAAAUGAAAAUAAAUACGUCUCUGGUAGUACUACUACUAAUAGGCUUGACCUCUACGGUCUUCGCCAUCAGAGUUGGUGUCAUUAAUGACCUUCACUUAGACCCGUUCUACGAUCCAUCUGUUGAAUCUGAUAGGGAUUGUAGGGGUCUCAACCCGUUCAAGCUGAAGGGACUGGACUCUACCAACGACCUAGCCCCAUUUGGAAGGUACGGAUGUGAUGUAUCACCAACUUUGAUUAAUAUCUUAUUUGCUAAGCUUAAAGAACUCUCAGGACAUAUUGAUGUCCUACUCGUCAGUGGAGACUUCACCGGUCACGAUAUUGCUGCUAAAAGAGGAAAGGCUGAUGAGAAUUAUAUCAUGUUAAAAUCAGUGAUUUCUUCAUGCUUUGCCCAAUACAUUGAUCCAUCAUUCUCGAAGACUAUAAUCAUUCCAACUAUUGGAAACAACGAUGCUAAGUUCCAUUACGAGUUCCCCCAGACUGGAGAAGAAGCUGAUGAAUACUACGGAUUCCUCUAUGAUCUCUGGUGGAACGAGAUCGGAGCCAACCCAGAGUACUCUAAGAAAGAUGAAGUUAAGGAAACUUUUAUGAAAGGAGGAUUUUAUAGAUACGACCACUCUGACAAAAUUUCCUUCCUCGCUCUUAACUCAUUGUAUUGGUCGGAAAAGAAUGAGAAAUUUAGUUCAGGUAUCAGUCACUCUCAGCUUGAUUGGCUUGAAGAACAACUUAGAGAUGCUGAAGAUUCUAGACAAUUUAUCAUCAACAUGCACAUAUUCCCAGGCAUGUACAACCCUGGAGCCAGACAAAGAUUCUGGCUAGAUGAAUUCACUAAUAGGUUUGAUGAUAUUAUGCUUCAAUAUGGACACAAAGUUAUUCUUUUUAACGGAGCCCAUGUACAUAUCGCGGAUGUAAGAGCAAGCUGGGUUGAAGACUAUGGAUCCGUCCAAGACCUCCUAAAGGACGAAAGAAGCACAAAGAGAGCCUACUUUGCUAACUUCGUCUCUCCUGCUAUUUCCCCUGUUUACCUUAAUAACCCUGGAUUUUCUAUGUUUGACAUUGACGAAGAUAAGAUGAAAGUCCAUAAUAUCACUGCCCAUUUCCUCGAACUUGACAGAACAUUCCAGUCAAAGGGUCAUGAAGUAGUCUUCCAUUCAAUAGAUUUUGCUGAAGAGUUUGGAAUUGAUGAAUGGUCUCCGCAAACAAUCCUUGAUUUCAUGGAUCGUGCUCAAAAUGACGAUGAGCUUUUCAAAAGAUUCCUAAUUUUGAAACUCGGCUUCAGACUAGAUCAGGAGGAAGAGGCCUUGACUGUAUAUGAAAACCUUAACAUGAUUGAUUUUUCCAACAACAACAGAAUCUAUUGGUGUUUCUUCCAAUACAUGAGGGCUGAAGAUUAUGAUGCCUGUGUUAAAGGCUAACUCACCAAGCCAGAUAUUACUAAUUUGGUAUAAAAUUGUUCAAC